UCCAAUGACGCACGCGGCGUCCAUCUGUUCGGAACCUGCUCGAGCGAGAAGACUGAUGCUAAAUGAAACAGCCAAUCGUAUGGGUAGCCCUAAUACGAUUGGCUAAUACAUAGCCCUGAUAGCAAAUCAGAGUUGAGAAACGCGAGACCUUCCUUGAACGUACUACUAUUCCAAAAGAGGCACACGGUGGUUGCCCCAGUAACGACAUCUCGGGCGCAUAGCGUCUCUUAGCUUUCCGUUAGCUUGUCGGCGUAGCUUCAGAAAGAUUAGUGGGAAAUAAACAAGCGCACCAGCAAAAGGAUAGGUUAUAAGUCAAACAUUAAUGAUGUUACAGGAGUUGUGUUGAAGCAACACGCAUGAUCACCUGCAUUUCCUGCAGGCGCUUAAGACUACCCGUUCUGACGAAAUCUCUGACCUGAAGUAAAACGAUUGAAUUCUGAUACGGUAUGGCGAACCAACGACCACCUUCCAGCGUGGGUAGACCACCAAGUCGGAGCUUUGUGGUCGCCGGCCUAGGAAGACCCCCAACGGCUGUCCGAUCCCUCCCCACCGCGGUCCGCGUCUCAACCGGGAUGGUUCCGAGUACCAGUGGUCAUCCUGGUACAAGGGGUGCCAUCCCCUCUCCGGGAGUUCUGUCUGCACCCAUCAGAGUAGCUGACAGACCUGUAACCCAGCAGGGUCUCAGUGGAAUGAAGACUAGUGUGAAAGGACCUCAGAGACAGAUUAUGGAUAAGUCCUAUUACCUUGGCCUUCUUAGGGCCAAAAUCAACGAGUUAACCACAGAGACCUCCAGACUGCACAAAGAGAUUGAAAACUACAACCAGGAAAACUCUGUCUACCUCUCCUAUGAGAAGAGAGCUGAGGGCCUGGCUGCAGAGAUCAAGGACCUGCAAGGCCAUCUUGCUGACUAUAACAUGUUAAUGGACAAGCUCAAUACCAACACAGACAUGGAUGACAUGACCAGUGACUACAGCAUGCUUAAAGCACAGAAUGACGGUGAAGCUCAGAGUAUUGACAGCAUCUUCACUAAGAGGAGAGAAGGAGAGGAAGCAGUCCGAGUGAUAGAUGAGGAGAUCAGCAAGGAAAGACGAGUUGCUGAUGAAGUCAUCCAGGCCAUGCCAGCUCUAAAUCAGGAGAAGUAUUUCACCAUGACAGCAGCCAACAAACAACUGCUACAUGAGCUAGCCGUCCUCCAGGAAGAGCUGGAUAGUCUGCUAACAAGGAAGGGAGACAGUGAAGCUGAGAUAUCCCACUCUCCGACAAAACGAGAAGUGGUUCACCUUCAUGACUUGUUGUCAGAACUGGAAGCAAAGCGGGAUGCUAUGGAGGCCGAGCACAAGAGCCUGGACUCCCCGAAGGAACAGAGAGAGAAGUUAUUUAAGCAGGUGAAGGUGGACAACCAGGAGAUUGCCAGCAUGGAGAGACAGCUUAGUGAGAUCAGCGGCAGAACCAGACAAAUCUUGGAGGAGGCUGAACACCUUGAGCAGGGUUCUGAUGCAGCUCAGGGGGAGUGUCAACAGAAAUACAAGAUGUUAAAAAGGAAAGAGGAUGAAAUGGAUGAAUUACUGGAUUCUUACAAGCAGUUGGAGGCUGAUGAGCUGGAGAAGCUGACCCAGAGUCAAGAGAACAUCGUCUCAGUCCUGGAGCUCUGUAGCAGGAACAUGCUGCGGCUACGUCAGGUGGAUACAAUGACUGCUAGUGAGCUGAGGAACAUGCAGGAGGUACUGUUCAACAAGGAGACCGAGGUAGUCCAGUCAGAGAGCACUGCCAAAGGACUCACAAUAGAGUCGCUGCGUCUGCACCAGGACCUGGAGAAGGUCCAGCAGCUGGAGGCGAAGAUCAAAAGUGAGCUCAGCACCUUAAAGGAGCAGCUCAGCAACAUGAAGUCUGAGCUGGACACCUUCAGAGACCUGAAUACUCUGAGACACACAGCCGAGGAAAAGAGAAAGAGACUACUGGAGAGCCAGACAUCUCUGGCGCAGCGUCGAGAUUCAUUCAUGCAGCUGCUGGAGGAGAUGAACCAGAAAUAUGAAGCUCAGAAGACCAAACUUCAAGAAAAUGAGACUCAUACUCAGCUGGCAAACCUGGAAAGGAAAUGGCAGCAUUUGGAGCAGAACAAUUAUGUCAUGAAAGAGUUCAUUGCAUCCAAGACUCAGCAGUGUGAGUACGCCUCCAUUACCAACAACGUCUACCAGCUGGUGGCAGAGUACAACAAGAGCCUGAUGGAUGCCUAGACUCAUACCAAUACCUGCCUAAGAAUUUGUUUUCCUCUAAAAUCACAACUUUGAGUUAACCCAUAAACAUUUGAGCAUUUUUGUGCUACUGGAGAACACCUAAAUCAUUCUAAGGAUGAGAGUUUGGCUGUUAAAGUAGACGACCUUUAGGGUAACUGUGAAGUUGGGACAGGAUUUUCUUUUCCAGAUGGUCUUUAACGAGCUCUUUGCUUCAUCUCAGAUCGGUUCUGGGUGUUUGCUUUACUGGAUGCUGGUCCAGAGCAAUCCAGCAGAUCUCGUAUGAUGCUCCUGAACACCAUUAAAACCUUCUGAUUCUUCACA